GACACACUGCAAAGUGACGUCACGCACGGAUGACUGCCGAUGAUGACUACCAUUGGUUUUAGUUUCAAGUUGUCAACAUAACAUGCUAAAUCUUAAAUGUAUACGUGACAUAAAAGAUAAAGGGAUGCAGCGCUUUGCUACUUACUGUCAACACUACGACAACUAGGUAACAAAAACUAGGAGAGGGAGGCCAGUCAAUCAUGCUAGCUUGACUUUGACAACCUUGACAUGUAGAUGUGCUGCAGAAUUUGGUGUGUUUCCUUCAGUAAAAAAAAAAGACGACCUACAUACCAACUCUGACAGAUCAUCAAUAGAGCAGGUGAUUAAAUUAACUAAUCAACUGUUACUGUGUGAGCACAGUAACAGUUUAAUUGUAGUUGAUCAUCUGAACAUGAUCAACUACAAAAUAAACAUCAAGCUUAAAACAUAAAACUGUGACGGACUGAAUGUUUUGUUGCUUUUGUGGAAGAUUUUUGCGUGUUUUUUUGUGCUGAAUUAUGAUACACUCGUGGAGCUGUAGUCAAUCAGUUACUAUGGCAAUAAGUCUGUGUGUAACAUAGCUGACAGAGCGAGGAAAAACAAAGAAUGACAGUGGUUUUGAAUAAUUCCCCAAUGGUUUUUCUGUGUUAUUUUUCCCUUAGCUGAGGCGCUCUGCACUAAAUAACACCAACAUCUUCAGGUUUCAUUUAGUUAACAGAAUGGUUCUACUACAGUAGCUCUGUGGAUGACAUGUAAAAGAAUUGCCUUUUUGCCCUCCAGCGUUGUGCGCGUUACGGUGUUUGUACUGGUGUGUGUGCUGACACUAAUGGUGGCCAGUCCAGACAAUAGAUACAGCAAGGCUGGUCUCUACGCCAUCUUUGCUACCCAGAGUAAUGACUUUGCCUUGGGAUACCCAAUUGUCGACGCUUUGUAUCGAAGCACGUACCCAGAAUACCUGCAGUACAUCUACCUAGUCGCCCCGGUUUCCCUCAUGCUCCUCAACCCCAUCGGCUUUGCUCUCUGUGAAGUGCAAAGGUGGAGGCAGGAGAGCCAUCUGCAACACAAUAGUCUUGGCAUUCUGGGAAUUGUAGUUUUACAGGUGUUGAAGAAUCCAAUAGUGUUCAUGGUGAUAGUGGGAAUCAUCUCUCAUUUUGCCCUGGGAGAACAGAUUCCAUCCGUUCUUUCUGAGUUCAUUGACGGCCUGGCCAACUCCUUUGGAGGAGCAGCGUUGUUUUACCUUGGCCUCACUAUGGUCGGCCAGCUAAGAAAACUAACCAGAGACACUGGAGUUACCCUGAUUCUCCUCAUAACAGCCAAACUCCUGGUGAUGCCGUUGGUCUGCAAAGACAUGGUGGACAUCCUGGAUGUCGGGGUGAACAGCACAAGUCCGAACCACACCAGUUUAUCCAAUUUUGCUUUUGUCUACGGAGUCUUUCCAACUGCACCAAGCGUGGCUAUAUAUGCCGGCCACUACAACAUGGAGCUGGAGGUGGUGACGUCUGGGAUGGUGAUCAGCACUUUUUUGUCGGCUCCGAUCAUGUACGUGUCAGCCUGGUUGUUGACCAUUCCUUUGAUGGACCCUAGUCCCCUGGUGGCAGAGCUGGAAAAUGUCAGCUUCAACAUCAGCAUCAUCAGCCUCAUAGGACUGGUCUGGACCAUCGCUGUGAUGUUGCUUAGCAGGAAAUUUAAUCAGCUCCCUCAUCUAUUCGUGUUGAAUCUUUUCCUGGCUCAGUUCUUAGUGUGCAUUAGCAUGAUCCUAUGGAACUUCCUGGUGAAACAAGAAGAUAAUUUCCUCAGUAAAGGUCUCACCUUCACUCUAUUGUAUGGAUCUCUGUACAGCACUUACAUCUGGACAGGUUUAAUCCCUCUGUGUCUGGCUCUGACUAACAGAGAUGAUCUGCUGAGACUCAGACCUGGGGUCUUCAUGGCUGUGGGCUGGGGGAUUCCCUUUGUGAUGGUUGGACUCCUUCUCAUAUCAGGAGAAAGAACAGAAACCCUUGACUCUGCCUUCUUCUAUGGCAGAGCUCAGAUAAUCAGCUCUGCUGUGGUUCUGGCGGUGAGCCUGGCCCUCGGUGCCGUUUCUCUGAUGGGUCUGAGCCUGGGGGGCCGGGAGCAAGUCGGGUAUGAAGCCCUGAGCCGAGCUGCUGUUACCGGCAUCAACGACGAACUGAGGAUCCCUGCUGACCUGGAAGAUCAACAGCAGCAGGAGGCCAACUCCACAAAUUCUCCCACCUGCGGCAUCAAUUCAUAUUUCCACAACAUUUCUCCUCUCCAAACCAGGCCUGACAUGAUGGCCAGCACACAGAGCACAGGCCACAGCGGGGCACUGUGCGACGGACAGCAGCCGAGAUCAUCGGACUCGGAGCAGCCGCUGGAUUUGCCACCUCCAGGCCUUCAGAGCAGCGAUGAUAAGCAGACUGUGAGACACAUGUUGCUCUGUCUGCUGCUCAGUGUCAGUCUGCUGGCGAAUCUGUCCAGCUGUCUGUGGUGGCUGUUCAACAAAGAUCCAGGCCGGCUUUACCUGGAGCUGCAGUUUUUUUGUGCUGUGGCCAACUAUGGGCAGGGUUUCCUUUCAUUUGGAAUAUUUGGUCUGGACAGACACCUCAUCAUUGUGCCGUUCAAGAAGAGGUUUCUCAGCCUGUGGCAUAAUCGAGACGGAGAGGAUUUGAGUCCGUCUGCUGUGCCUGAGGACGUCCGACUCACCUGUACCCAGUUUGUCCGCUACCACAAAGACCAGUGUGUACAAGACAUAGUACACACUCACAGUGGCUCAGGGGAGAGUGUGAAUGCUUCGGCAGGUGAAUCAUUCCUCUAAUUGUCACAGGUUUAGAGGAGUGAAGCAGGAGAAUGGAAUUGGACGUUGCUUUUCCCAUCAUCCCCAGUAUUUAAACACAAAUCCUCAGAGACAUGGCAAGUCACAGAAUCUGCACUGGAAUUACAGUCCAGACGAAUCAUGCAACCAAACUUCACUUCCUUCCAACAUGGAGGUGCCAGAUGAACACCUCGGAUACAUUCCUACCCUUCAGGGACACAAUGACCUCUACUCAAGGCUGCCCCAGCCUGUCUUUCGAGGCAGUGACUUGGUGGAGUGGUUAACGGAGCGAGGUUUGUGCGCCAGACGUUCGUCUUCAGCGAAGGGGAGUGGUGAGCCACCUGACAGGCCAGCAGAGCUUCAGGGACGAGCCCACUCUAACCUACUACUUCCUACAGGAGGAGGGACGGCC